AUGAGAAGAUCGAGUUCUAACGAAACGAUAAGACCAUCAACACCAACAGGCCCCGACAAUCUCACCCUCAGGGUUCAAAUCACCUACGUCGCAGACUUCCGCGACAAAUCUCCGAAAGGCCGAUGGGAAUUGAGGUUUUCGAAAGAAACUGAUCUGAAAGAUUCCGCACGCCGGGCGAUGGAAAACAUACUUUUCUCCGUGUUUGUCAAAGAUGUUUUGCAGGAUGAAGAGAACCGGAUGUUUUCCCUCACAGGUCAAGCUAGAGAGUUCCUUCAGCAAAUGUACUUCAAUAAGUCCAGUAGAGACAUAUCACUGACUGUUGCUGACAAAUUCACUUACCUCACUACAUUGUCCAAGUCACCUCAAUGGAUUUCUCUUUCCGACGCCCUCAAGAUGAGCCUACGGAGUGAGAUAUUUUUGCGGAAGUUGAACUCUGAAUUCCUCUCGAAUCAGGAGGUGCAGCAAACGAUGAGUUGGACAACGGACACCAAGAUUAGUUUUCUAGCGCCGGAAGUGGGAUUUGACGCUAUUGAUGAUAUGAGUGAGGCUCUCUCACAACUUCGACUAAUGGACGAUCAGGAUGGUGCUAUGUCGUUGGUGUAG